AUGGUAGCAGACUUCAAGGCCAAUGUGGACAUCAACAAAUCUCAACGAGAGUCAAACUAUCAGUUCUACAAUGCAGUUAUGAGGAGCCUCUUUGGAAUCGUAACCUACUACAGCAUCAACGGAGUGAGGCACAAAUUUACCUUUGGCUACUUCUCCAGAGUCCUUGACAAAUCAGCCAAUCAUGCCAAGGCAUGUUAUCUCAAUCUGUUCAAUGAUAACAAAGACUUCUCCAACCUCUUUCCAACUAUCGAUGGCGUACCACUAUUUGGUGGUCACAUCAAAGAAGACACUCUGUGGUCAUUGUCUGACAAUGGACCAACAUUCAAGUCCAACAAGUGGCUCAAUCACGUCAAGGUCAUGGCCAAGCUACUCAACGUUGAUAUUGACGCCAAGUUCUUAGGUCCAUAUCAUGGCAAGUCUGAUUGUGACAUAUACUUUGGUGCUUGGACCAAGAUCAUCAAGGACUUCAGACUAUCUCUGGACUCCAACAUCAUGAAGAGAACAACAGCAUCAAUAGUCGACUAUGUCAACAAUCGGUUUGCCCAGCACCACUUCAAUACCAAACCGGCCACACAACGCAAUGGUGUCACCAAACGCUAUAAACAAUCAAUAGUUAUAUAUCCAACAGUGGAAUCAUUCACAAGGCAGGCCUUGUCCGACUGUGCAAUCUCGGAAGCUCUUUUGCCUUAUUAA